CUUUUGCAGAAAGACUCGCGGAAGGUGUGCAAGUUUGAGUCUGGCUUUGACAUGUGGCGAGCUUUCGAAGCCGACAAGACCAAACGGGCCUUCUCAAGUGUAAUUCGCUUGCGACGCAAAUUGUACACGAGCACAGUUUCGGUUGGUGGUAAUAUGAAGCAGUGGCUGGAUGAUGUGGAGGGCAUCAGACGUCAGCUGGAGAACAUACACGAGAUGAUCCCCGACAAAGAGAUGGUGAACAUUAUUCUGCAGGGAGUGGAGGAGACUCACCGUAACGUCGUGAGA